AUAUGGCACCACCAUCAAUUUACGGAGAACCAAAAAUUAGAUCAGAGAACGGGUCGGUGUUCCUUGAGGUCAUCGUCACUGGAGCUGAUGUUUCUAAGAUUCAGUGGUUUUUCGGACCAGACGAGCUUGAGGAGAACGAGUUCCUGAAGUUCUCAAACAGUGACGAAGGAGGCAACCGCACCAAGUUUGUUGCCGAAAUCAAGGACUUUGAUAAACCACUUGCCGGAGAAUACAAAGCCGUCUUUGCCAACGCCGAUGGAGAGAACAGCUCUAACUUCACAGUCGCAGCAGGAAACGCCCCAGACUUCCAUGACAAGCCACAUAUUGUUCAAAGAGAUAACGGAAAUGUGAUUGUGAUUAAGGUCCGCGCAAAGUCCCACCUUGAGAUGAAGGCCGAAUGGUUCAAGGAUGAAAAACCAGUGAAAUUCACUGACCGAGUUAAGGCUGUUGUAAAGAAGGACGAUAAGGACAAAGACGGAUUCCAAUUCCUACUCGAAAUCACCGGACCACAAAAAGACGAUGAAGCAAAAUACAAGUGCGUUGUCAAGAACUCCGAAGGACAAAACCAACAAGCGUUGAACUUGGUUUUCGAUUAAUUUUAUAAAUUUUCCCUUGGUUUUUAAUUGUCAUACAAUUCAAUUCAUAAAGCCUCAAAUCAAUUUUCAUGUUAAUCGUUGCUUCUGAUUUUCGAUUUUGGUAGUUGCACUUUCCGCUUUUUUUUCUUCUGUAACUUUUAACGUUUUGUAGUAUUUGUCUUCUCAAAGUAAUUUGAACUUUGUGUCCCAUGCACAUGAAUUGGUAUCAGCCAAAAUAAAAAAGUUUCUUG